UCUUUACAGCUAAACACUUCCAACAGGACGCAUUGGUGAUGGUGCCGCUUUUAAUUGUGGCGAGCUGAUGGAUCUACCGACCAUAUUUUUGCCAUAAAUAGUUUUUUUUAAUUUGUGUUUUAUGAAACAACGACAGUCAUUUGCUUUUUAGAAUGUCUAUUUCCCACAGCCUUUACGUCUUAGGUCUUUUGUUUUUAUCAGUUCCUUGCACUCUGGAGCUGGACUUGAGUGCCGCUCAUUGUGAUCAUUCACCCAAAAUACUACAACAAAGACAAGGAGAGAUUCAUAACUCUGCCCACCAUUCCUGGUCUUCCCGUCCACUCAACUGCAGUUGGCUGAUAACCUCAAAAGUUGGGGAGCGUGUCAUCAUCAGUUUUUCCCAGUUUAAUAUGAGAUGUGGACGGGAAUGGGUGUCCGUGGUUCCACUCACUGGCAGCCCUUUCAAACUCUGCGGUUACCAGCUUCCAACACCAUUUGAGAUGACAGGGGGAAACAUUACAGUGACGCACCACGUCCUCACUCAUUUCUACCCAGUAACAGGCUUCCGUCUUUCAUAUAUUAAAGACUCAGGUCCCUGUUUUCAAGGCGAGUUUGAAUGUUACAGUGAACGCUGUCUCCCGCCAUCGUGGCGCUGUAACGGACGAGUUGAAUGCCUUGGUGAGGGUGAUGAACUUGGCUCUGACGAGGACGGAUGUGACGAUGUUAGCCCUGAACCACCCAUAGACGAUGUAAAUAACCUCCUUCCAGCUGAAACCAGCACCUUGGUGAUCCCAUUAUCCAGCACAGAUGUACCACCGCCUAAAAUCCCUGACUUUGCCUUGCUGCCCCAAGGAGGGCCAUGUGGGGGAUAUUUGAGUGCAUUUUAUGGGUCGUUUACUCCCCCUUUACAAACGGGACAACCGUUGGUGUGUGUGUGGACCGUUGAUCCCCAGGAUUCACGACCACUCAAAUUAGAGGUUCAACAACUGGAACUGGGUCCCCGAGACAUGAUCAAAAUCACAGACCAGCGCCACGGCACAGGCAACGUCAUUAAAACAAUCAACUCCGUGUCCAAUAGCAAAGCAGUAGAGGUUGAAUCCCACACCGGCUUGAUUUCCCUGAUAUACCGUAUGGAGCCUUCAUUUGAAGGGCGUGGGUUUAAUGCGACCUAUCGCAUCUCGGAUUACUGCCUUCCGUGGGAGGAGCUUUGCGGGGGAUCACUGGGAGGGUGUUACAACCCAAAGCAGCGCUGUGAUGGCCACUGGGACUGUCCUGAAACGGGCCUGGAUGAGGAAGGAUGCUGGGGCUGCCAAGCUGGGCACUUCCUCUGUGGGAUGGGAGGACUUAAGACAGCAAGCCGCCCGCAGAACCGGCCAGUCUGUUACUCGAUUCAUGAGCGCUGCAACUACCAGCUCAACUGUGCAGAUGGAACUGAUGAAAGAGAAUGUACCAUCUGCCAACCUGGGACCUUUCACUGCGACAGUGACAGGUGUGUGUUUGAGAGCUGGCGUUGUGACGGACAGGUGGACUGCAAGGAUGGCACAGAUGAGCUUAACUGCACUGUGACCCUGCCCCGAAAGGUCAUAACCGCAGCUACCGUUGGAAGCCUAGUUUGCGGACUUCUGCUAGUCAUUGCAAUGGGCUGCACCUGCAAGCUGUACUCACUACGCACUCGAGAGUACAGCAUGUUCGCACCAAUCACUCGGCAGGAGGCUGAACUGAUCCAGCAGCAGGCCCCGCCCUCUUAUGGUCAGCUGAUUGCUCAGGGAAUCAUUCCACCAGUGGAAGACUUCCCUACUGAGAACCCCAAUGAGACUGUCUCACUCUCUCUGAGAGGAAUACUACAGCUUCUCAGGCAAGACAAUGCUUCCUCUCUACGGCGAAGACGCAGGCCCCGGUUCAUCCGCAGAGCUGUGCGACGCCUACGAAGAUGGGGCUUGCUUCCCCGGCCCGCACCCAGGCCAACACAGACCACAGCCUCUUCUUCCCAACAGACAGAAGCCGCUAAUACCAGCACUGAGCUCAAUCAGUCAAGUCCUGGAGUCUCCUCAGUGGCUACAGAGGCUGCCAGUCAGUCCUUGCCUCAAAAACUGUGUUUAUCCCAACAGACAGAAACACAGCUGCAUGCGGAGGCUCCUCCACCUCCUUCUCCCCCACCUCCAUUUUCUGUCCAUCCAAUUGAAGACCCUGAAACACAACAGACCCCACCCAUCAUCACUAUCCCCCCGAGCAGCCCUUCCCUAGCAUCUCUCUUCCAAUCGCUGGGGCGGAGCAUUUCCCGUUUCAGAUCCUCCCCGUCCCCUACUUCUCUUCCUCUUUCUGCAUCCCCCUCUUUUUCCUGUUCUUCUUCAGAAGAUGAAGUGCUGCUGAUCCCUCUCUCUGAUGACACAACCUCUGAAGAUGAUAUCCCCAUGCUGACAUGAGCGACUCGUACUUUCUUUUCCCUUCCAGAUCUGUCUCUCAGUUCACCAUGUUCUCGCUCUCCCUGCCUUCCUCCUUUCAGCACGUCAGCCUCACCAUGUUUGCUUCUUGUGCUGGCUUGGUGCCUUAACUUGUAUUAGAGCAUCUGUUUUCCUGACUUAAAAGAAAAAGUAUUGAAUUAAUGUGCGUCAAAUAUAUUUGACAAGCGAUUGCGUGUGUACAGAUGUGUGUCUGUUGUGCACUUAUCUAAAUGGUUAAGUAUGAUGGAAGAGCAUUUGCACAAAGAAUCUCCCCCAUCUGGCUUACGAUAAUGUUCCUCUGUGUGAUCCUUUGCCGCAAUGUUGGUUAAAAAGAUUGAUUUUAGUUAGAAUUGCUUUUUUUUUUUCUGCAGACAUGGUUGUGUGAUGUACAUACAUGUGAGUUGACCUCAUAAUGCUACAGGCCACAUUUUAUUGUGUGUUCCUCAGAAGUGCCUUUGAUUGAGCUUCCUGUACAUCACUAGACAGUAUGUGACUGCGUAUGUGCUUGCACGUAGGGCCAAACACACUUGCACAAAAGUUUACACAUAGAUGUAGAACUCACCCUCGCUAUGUAUAUGGUAGUGCAUGGCAACUGUGGCAAUAACUUAAUAAUAAAGACUUGUGUGUUGUGAGUGAGUGAUUGUGUGUGUGUGCGUGUGUGUGUGUACGAGAGAGAGUGAUUUAGCUGAAAGUGGUUAGCCACUCAGUGGAGACAAUCCUUCUUGGAGUUGCACCUCCACAUGCACCACCAACCUGAAUGACAUCACAAUAUCACAAUAACUUGAAUGUCUUUUUUUGUGUUUUUUAAAUGAAAAGUUUAGAUUUCAUACUUUUCUGGCUCAGUGGACAAUAAAUGGGUGACCAGUCGUAGUGCCAUAUCUAUAGUCACUUGAUUUCAGCUGCUGUUAAGAUCUGUCAGUUCACUCCUUCUUUUACCCUGUCAAAGUUGUUUUUACUCUAUGUAUUUUUAAUGCCGAGAUGUUGAACUCUCAUCUGCUGAAUGGUGACUAGAAAGACGUGGGUGGGAAUUAUAGAUGAACUGAUGAUAUUAGGAUGAAUUCACUGUAUAUAUUUGCUAAACCAGCUGGAAAAUCCACAAAGAAUAAAAUGAUUUGCACUUUUA